UUUUAAUUUUUUUUAAUGAAAAAAUACUAUUUUUUUUUUAUGACUUAAAAAUUCGCAAGUCGCUAUCACAUUAGUAAACUCGGAGCGAACAUAAUAUCCUGUAAAUGAGAUUCGAUAGACUACAAAAUACGAUUUUAAUCAUAUGAGAGAGAGAAAGUAGAAGACGAAUUGACGAAUCAUUAGUCGUUGAAAAGAUAAAACAUUUUUACACAGAUGAACAGAAGAUUUUCAAUUCGUAGGAGGAGUUUUCUUCCAAUCAAUUGAUUCAGAAACCUCUCUCUGAUGCUCUCAUUCCAUGUAGAAUGUUCCAACAAUCAAUAUCAGUCCAUAUUCAAUCUUAAUGUUGCCGUCGCUAUAGAUGUAAUGUGCAUGUAUAGACGGAGUUCCGGUUACUUGAGAUUUGGAUUCGUGCUCAAUUUUCGGCUAGUGAAUUUAAAUCGGAAAGCAGGUGAGGAAUAUACCGUUGUUUUCACCUCGGAUAGGAGGGAUUCAAAACUGGAGACGUAGCAGCAGCAAAGGAAUGGAUGAUAGAGAAGGAACCUUCGUUGCAGUGAGGCGAAUUUCGCAGGGGCUUGAUCGAGGAACCGCAUGCCAUUCUACCUCUGGAUCUGCUGCUUGGCUAGGCAGAGGACUUUCAUGUGUUUGUGCUCAAAGGACAGACAAUGAUGCUCGCCCAUCAUUUGAUUUGACAGCUGCACAGGAAGAAUGCCUUCAGAAGCUACAGAGUCGGAUAGAUAUUUCCUACGAUAGUUCUAUUCCCGAUCAUCAGGAAGCUCUAAGGUUGUUGUGGCGGGCUUCCUUUCCUGAUCAAGAAUUCUGUGGUUUAAUAUCUGAGCAAUGGAAGGAAAUGGGUUGGCAAGGAAAAGAUCCUUCCACAGAUUUUAGGGGCGGUGGUUUCAUAUCGUUGGAAAAUUUGUUAUACUUCGCUAAGAACUUCCCGAAAUCUUUUCACGAUCUUCUUCGGAAGAAGGAAGGUGACCGAGCAUUGUGGGAAUACCCAUUUGCUGUAGCUGGUGUCAACAUCACAUUCAUGCUUAUUCAGAUGCUUGAUCUUGAAGCAGUGAAGCCGAGAACGCUUGUUGGAGCAACCUUUUUGAAGUUUCUUACAGAAAAUGAGUCGGCAUUUGACCUUCUGUAUUGCAUCGCAUUUAAGCUAAUGGAUCAUCAAUGGCUUGCCAUGCAUGCUUCUUACAUGGAUUUCAACAGUGUAAUGAAAGCUACCAGUCGUCAGCUGGAGAAUGAGCUUCUCCAAGACGACCUCACGGGUCUUGAAGCCCUCCCCUCUCACAUCCUCUUAAGUCGGUAGUAUUAGGAAGGAUAGCCGUAGUAGUUCUCGCACGGCUGUUUUUUUUUUUUUUUAAGGUAUGAAUUAAUGUUUUCUACAAGCAGACUCUCAUAAUCUAUUAUGUUAAGUGCAUUGUUCUCUCGUGUUAUGUUUGGUUUUGUGUCUUCCACUUGCUUUCCGAUGCUCAAUUGAUUGAUUGAUUGAUUAUUGAUGAAAGGAAGUAAGGAAACUUGCUAAGAUACUAGUUUAGACAUAUAUUUUGCUGGAAGAUUUGAGUAGACGUACGAUAAUGAUGAUCGAUCGAUCGAUAGGAAUGAAUUUACUUGCUUAGGAGAAUAUUAUGUAUUUUGUGUGGCUGCUAUUAGUUGAUUGUGAGUUAACUA